AAUGUGCGAGGAAGCCAGAGUACCCAAAACGAGAAAACCAGGCAAGUAUGGGGAAAACAUGCAAUCAUCUCCACUCCACACAGGAAGUCGGAGCCGAGCUUUGAACCUGAAACUCUCAACUCUGAGCCAGACUUGCUAAUCAUGAGGGUUCCUUUCUCGGCCGGCUGAGACAUUUCGUUGACAUCAUCGACCCAAGCACACUCUUUGUAUCUGAGAAACAACUUAAAGAGAGCAUCAGUCUCCUGGAUGACUUUAAACAUGGAACACUCCCACCAGGAAUCUCCAAUCUUCAAAUGUACAUAUGCUUCCAUUUCCCUGCUUCAUGAAGCUGUGGAAAGCCCAAAAGAUCAAACAGGCCAUCAUUCAUCCCGACACAGGCGACAAGAUCUUCAUGCCGUUCCGAAUGUCAGGUUACGUACCAUUCGGAACGCCCAUUGUCAUCGGCCUUCUUCUGCCGAAUCAGACUGUGGUGUCCACCAUUAUUUGGCAGUGGCUGAAUCAGAGUCACAAUGCUUGUGUCAACUACGCCAACCGCAAUGCCUCAAAGCCAACACCAACGUCCAGAUUCCUGCAAGGUUAUUUUGGAGCUGUGACCAGUGCUGUGUCUAUUGCUGUGGGACUGAAUGUGCUUCUUCAGAAGGCCAAUAAACUGAGUCCUGCCACCAGAAUGCUAAUACAGAGAUUUGUCCCUUUUCCAGCAGUUGCAAGUGCAAACAUUUGCAACGUGGUCCUGAUGAGACACAACGAGCUGUCCGAAGGGAUUGACGUGCUCGACGCCAACGGGAAUGUGGUGGGCUCCUCCAAAAUUGCUGCUACGCAUGCCAUCGCAGAGACGGCGUUCACACGUGUGGUCCUCCCCAUGCCCAUCUUUGUGCUGCCCCCCAUCAUCAUGUCCUAUAUAGAGAGGCUGCGCUUCCUGCAGAAGAACCGCAGACUGAUGCUGCCCAUCCACAGCGUUGUGUGUCUGCUUACGUUCGGCCUGUCGUUGCCUGUGGCCAUCAGCCUCUUCCCGCAGAUGUCACAGAUUGAGGUGUCUCGCCUGGAGCCUGAGAUCGCCAUGGCAACAGAUUGCAAGGUGGUGACCUACAACAAGGGUUUAUGAUGGAUGACAUGACGGUUCAAGAGGAAAUAAGGACAAGCUAUGUGGAACAUUAACAUAGAAUCUUACAACAUUUAAAAUGCAUUGUAUUGAAAUAUCUAUUGUAAGUAGGCCACAAAAAAAAGUCUGGAAGGCACAUUAAUAGUUUAAACAUGCAAUAAUAGUGUUUGCCACAAGAGAGCAGUGAAAAUACAUAAACAUGUAUUACUGAAGAUUUUUUUGAAAUUACGUUUCGUUAUAUGUAUAUUUUUAAAUUGAAUUAACAUUUUAAAGUGUUUUAAUAUAAAUUAAAUAUAUUAAAUCAAUAUAAAUUAUGCAAUUAUAUAUAUAAUAUUUCAUAGAAUUACCAUAUAUAGUAUGUGCAAGCAAAGCAGCUCUGUUCCUAACAUAACAUUCAUUCAUCCAUCCAUUUUCCGUACCACUUCUCCUCACUCGGGUCGCGGGCGUGCUGGAGCCUAUCCCAGCUGUCUUCGGUCAAGAGGCGGGGUACACCCUGAACUGGUUGCCAUCUAAUCGCACGGCACAUAACAAACAACCAUUCGCACUCAUGGGCAAUUUAGAUUCUUCAAUUAACCUUUCUGGGAUGUGGGAGGAAACCUGACUACCUGGAGAAAACCCACGCAGGCACGGGGAGAACAUGCAAACUCCACACAGGCGGGGCCAGAUUUUUUAACCCAGGUCCUCAGAACUGUGAGGCAAAUGUACUAACCAGUCUGGGUACUCCGCUUUCCUCCCAAAUCACAAAAACAUGCACGGUAGGUUAAUUGAAGACUCUAAAUUUCCCGUAGGUGUGAAUGUGAGUGUGAAUGCUUGUUUGCUUAUGUGUGUUGUGUGAUAGGCUGGCGACCAGUUCAGGGUGUACCCCGCCUCUCACCCAGAGUCAGCUGGGAUAGGGUCUAGUGCGCCGGCGAGCCGAGUGAGGAUAAGUGGUACGGAAAAUAGAUGGAUGGGUGGAUUUGCUGGGUUGUCUAUCACUGGAUGUAUAUUAUCUUUGCAACAUGAAUUCAUGACUUUUGAAUAGUAAUAUUGCAGGGUAAUAUUGCUCUUGAACUGUGAGAAGCACUGCAAUAAAUAAUAUAUUCAUGCAAUACAA